UGUGGAGAGAAGCACAAAAGAAAUACAGAAAAAGAAAAAAAGAAGUGAAUGCCAUUAUGAACCUGACCCCUCCAUCUCUUGAAGCAUCACUGAAUGAAGAUAACGCUGUGGCACCAACAAACAACAGCACACCAGAGCCUUCUGUCCAGUCACAUUCCUUUACCAAAUCUCCUCCUGAAUGCCCCCCUGAGAAUCUACAGGUGUCUGAAGUGUCCAUCCCAAGCAAGUUGAUAGUUCAGAAUGAUAAUCUGAGGAAACAACUUAAGAAAGUUAAAAGGCAAAAUCAGGAACUUAUGAAAAAACUGAAAGAAGAACACUCCAAAGCAGAAAGAUACAGGAAAAAAUGUGAACGGAAAAUAGAGCAAAAGCCUGCUCGCACUAUUAGUGAGAAGUUUCACUCCCGAGCAGCUAAAAAAUUGUCCAGUGAGAGAAAAAAAAGGGUUGAGGCUUUUCUGCAAUUGGAUGAGAACAGCAUUUUGCUUCCUGGAAAAAAGGACACAAUUGGAAGAAAAGAUAAGAAACAAAGAAGGAUCCUUACAAGCACACUUCAAGACCUUCACAAAGUCUUCAAUGAUAAGAGUGAUAAAUUGCACAGAAUGUCUUACAGGCAGUUCACCAGAUACAAACCAUUCUACAUCACUCAACCAAAAUCAUGCGAUCGCAACAAAAAAUGACAAGAACUGGGUUAAAAGAACCAAAGCGGGAUCAAUUGGAGAACUGCUAGGAGUGUUCCAGAAAGACCUUGAGGAACUGGCUAGUCAUCACUACAACUGGAUUCAUCAAGUUAGAGAGUUGAGACAUCUCAAAGAGAACUUGCAAGACAAUGAAACGGUCCUUCAUAUUGAUUUCAGUGAA